AUGGAUAGUAUACUCUGUGCUAAAGAAUCCCUUGCUGCCCUUUUGUCCACGGUGGAUGACCCAUGUCCAAAAACCGACACUGGAGUGAAACGUGCCGUUCAGAAUCUGCUGGAUCGUAUGAAAACAAUGAAGCAGGCUGGCGAUGAAUUUCAGCAAAAGGUGCUCCAAUUGCAAAAGCAAUGUGAAUCACAGGUCAAAAGUGGCACCACCGCGGCCGAGGAAUUGAGAGCGACAAGGCAACGAUUGAGUCAGUUGGAAACGGACAAAGCACAACUGGAAAGUGAGCUGUUCAGUCUGAAAACAUUUAGGCACGAAGAUGAUCGAGUGAGCAAAACACAGCUUAUCAGUGCGGUUCUUCGCAAUGACGGUGUUUUGAACGCCGAACAGCAGUACUCGGUACACCAACUGUGUGAUAAAUGUGCCCAGACCAUGUGUCUGGCCAUUUGUGGCCACAUUCAGGACUUGUUCAAGCAACUGCAAGCCGUAAAGCAUUCAAAACCUGUCACAAACGAUGAUCAUCGCUACGAUGGGCCACUCCAAGAGCUGUUAGCUCGACUGCAAUUGGAUUACGAAAACGAGCAUCAAAAGGUUCUCACCUUGACACAAGAUUUGGCACAGUUGGAACAGACCAAGGAGGCACAGAUUGAAUCGCUACGCGACACAGUGGACAGAUUGGAAAAAUCACGUCGAGUACAGGCUAAGCGAUUGGACAAGGUGACCAAACAGACCACGAAAGAGAGCGCCACGAUGCAGCAUCAGUUGGACGCGUUAAGAACAGCAAAACAGCUCCUGUCAGAGGCACAGAACAAGAAAGCCAAACUGCACGAUUAUUUCGGUCUACUUGGUCGACUGGUCAAUGUGGACACCAGAUUUGAACCGAACGCGGAAUUUCAAAUUUUGCAACGAGUACAACACCUGGUCGAGGCGGUUCGACGUGCCGGUAUGAUGACCUAUAUGGCUCACAAUCCAGUCUCUGUCGGUCCGUGGUCACCGUAUCCGGCAACCACCUUCCCUGCAAACCAAAUCCCGACUCUGAAAAAUGGGAAUUUCGACUUCAAGGGCAGUUUGCCCCAACUGGAAAACCGAGUAUCAUUUGAGGAGAUUACUGGAGAGAGGGGCUCACCCAUCAAGAACAGCAUUCGAAAGCCUGGGAAUCGUGCAACCACUCGGAGUCAGAGCGCCAGUUCCGGUCGCAUGAAGCCGAUGAGCGUCGGUAAAUCGUCCGCAAACACUGUGUCGACCAUACCCGUAACACCGUUGACAAAAUCGACAUCACUGGCAGCAAACAGGACGAAGAAUCUGGGCGAACAGCGUCCCACCCAAAUCAAACGUGAUGAUCGCAAAUACUGA